AUGGAGCAGAGCCCUCCCACCUCCACCACACUGCCUGCAAGGACAGUCUUGCUGCUCACCAUGCUCCUCUCCUUCUCCUGGCACCUCACUGCAGCCCCUGCUUCCCCCACCGAGUGCUGCUACAGUUAUGCCCAGAAACGCAUCCGGCACGUGCAGAGCUUCUACCGCACGUCCAGUGACUGCUCCUUGCCUGCAGUUGUGUUUGUGGCUGCCAAUGGGGAUGAGAUCUGUGUGGACCCCAAGAACACCUGGGUGAAGAAAGUAAUUAAAAUAUUAAGUCCCCAUUCUGUCUCAACCAUCCCACCCACCCAUCGGGUCCUCCGGGAUCUGGAGGGAGCAGAUGGAACUCAUGGAACUCAUGGAAAGG